CUUCAUUCUUCUCUCUCUCUCUGAGUUUCAUUCCGCCAUUGAUGUAUAUUCAAAGCUUGUAUGGAAUUCAACAUGGUAUCAGAGCAUGAACUAGGUCAGAGAUCAUUCAAGUAUGGUAUUCUGAAUUUCCUAGUUCAAUUAUGUUCUUCUUCAAUUUCUUAGUGCUUCUUUCAGAUCAACUAGAAAUUUACUUGUUGUAUUUCUGUUGAUUCUUGCAUUAAGUUCAUCAUCUCUGAGGUUUCAAUUUCUUUAAUGUGUUGAAAUCUUGCUUUGUUCUUCCAUUGAUAAUUGAAAUUGAAAUCUUCAAUCUUAGGGUUUUCAAUUCAAUUUUUUCUCCCGAUCCUAGGGUUGUUUCUUUUUCUAUUCACUGUUUUCUUGUGAUUUCAUCUAGAUUGUGAAUUACAUCUUGAUUGUCACAUAGAAUCCAAAUUCUUGAUUCCUGAUCUUGAUUCCUGAAGAAUUCUCAAAGAAAAAUCAAUUCUUGAUUUUUCUUUUCAUUUCUUGGUUUUAGUUGUUUGAGACCUUGAAUUUUCGUCUUUUCUUCUGGUUAAGUAUGACUGAGAGUACUUCUAGUGCUACUGUUCCUACUGUCCAACCUUGGGAAAACACGUCUAGCCCCUAUUUUCUGUCCAGUGGGGAUAAUCCAGGAGUUUCUUUGGUGGUUCAACACCUCACUGAAGAAAACUAUAACAUCUGGAGUAGGGCGAUUCUUAUCUCUUUGGAUGCUAAAACUAAAUUGGGCUUUAUUGAUGGUUCUAUCCCUAAGCCUCAAUCUGUUGAUCAUCCAAAUUACACAGCAUGGAACAAAUGCAAUAGUACAGUCCUAGCUUGGCUGUUUAAUUUUGUUUCCAAGGAGUUGCAGUCAAGUAUAGUUUAUUUCAAGACUGCCAGAGAUGUAUGAGUUGAUCUGCAAAACAGGUUUGGGCAAGGAAAUGGACCUACAAUAUUUGAUUUGAGAAAAGAAAUUAGUUCAUUGACUCAAGAGGAUUUAACAAUCAAUGCGUAUUAUGCCAAGUUUAAAGGUCUUUGGGAUGAAUUCUCUAAUUAUAGGACAUGUACAUGUGGUCAUCAAGUUGAGGAAUGUACCAUGUCAUUCUUGAUGGGGUUGAAUGAGACAUAUGCAGCUGUCAGAAGUCAAAUUCUGCUUAUGGAGCCUGUGCCUACCUUGAGCAGAGUGUUCUCUCUUCUAAUGCAAGAUGAGAAGCAGAGAAAAGUAAGUGCUGGGAAGAAGGCUUUGGUUGAUACUUCAGCAGCUUUAGCAGCUUUUGGGUCUAAACCUGGCAAUACCAAGACAUUUGUUAAGUUCAAGAGUGGCAGGCCACAAUGCACUCAUUGUGGAGCCAUGGGGCAUGUUGUUGACAAGUGCUACAAGCUACAUGGAUAUCCUCCUGGAUAUAAGUUCAAAAACAAAGGUGGUCAACCUUUUGCAAACAAUGUUGUUGCUGCUGAAGAUCAUAUAAGUGAACCCGUGGCUCUGACCAAGGCUCAAUAUCAGCAAUUGAUUGGUCUAUUGAACUCUCAAUGCCACUUUGGCACUCAAGCACCACCAGAGGCAUGUUUGGCAGAUGCUCAUCAAGUUGCCACCAUCAUUACUCAGCCUUCAAUGGAUGUUCAAGCCCAAGCCUUCUCAGGACUUACUGCAUUGGAAGAUGAUUGGGUUGGGUAAGAGACAUGGAGGACUGUAUAUCUUGCAGUGCAAUGAUUCCAUCACCUUGCCGUCCUCUGUUUCAGAAGUAUUAUCCAAAUUACCUUCAUUCCUUUGUAAUAAACAGGUCAAUACCUGUAAUCUUGAUUCUUCUUCUUCUGUUGCUAUUUCAAAUGAUGUUGUUAAAUUGUGGCACUAUAGAUUGGGUCAUCCUUCUUCACAAAGACUAGCUUUGUUGAAACCUAUUGUACAUGAUCUGAAUCUUUGCAAUAAUAACAACUCUUUUGAUUGUCAUAUCUGCCCUUUAGCUAAACAGCACAAAUUACCUUUUUCUAAAUCCACAAGUGUUUCCUUAGCUUGUUUUGAUUUAAUCCAUGCUGAUAUUUGGGGACCCUAUUCUACUCCUUCCUUAAAUGGCUCAAAAUACUUCCUUACCUUGGUUGAUGACCAUAGUAGAUGCACUUGGGUUUAUUUAAUGAAGUACAAAUCUGAUGCUUCUUCCCUACUUCAAACCUUUUUUCAUAUGAUUCUUAAUCAAUUCAAGGUGUCCAUUAAGGUCAUUAGGAGUGAUAAUGGUCCUGAAUUUGCUCUUUCUUCAUUUUAUGCUGCCAAAGGUGUUUUACAUCAACUAUCCUGUGUUGAAACUCCACAGCAAAAUGCUGUUGUUGAAAGAAAACACCAGCAUUUAUUGAAUGUUGCUAGAGCCUUGAGAUUUCAUGCCAACUUACCUUUAAAUUCUGGGGAGAUUGUGUUCUCACAGCCACAUAUCUCAUCAACAGGCUUCCUAGUCCUCUUUUAGGCAAUCUUACACCUUACCAGAAGCUUUUAGGUCAUUCCCCUUCAUAUCAGCACCUUAAAUCAUUUGGCUGCCUAUGCUAUGCCUCUACUUUAACUAGGAAUAGAUCAAAAUUUGAUCCUAGAGCCAAGGCAUGCAUUUUUCUUGGUUAUCCUUUUGGGACUAAAGGGUAUAAGUUGUAUGAUUUGUCUUCUAGAACUAUGUUUCUGUCAAGAGAUGUUAUCUUCAAAGAGAAUGUUUUUCCCUUUAAACACUGGCAUUCUAAAUCUAUUCCUAUUUCUCCUUCAAUUUCUCACAACAUUUUUCCAUCUCAGUCACAUUUUCCAGAUUCUGUUGCUUCAGUUUCUGCUGAAUUUUCCCUUCCUUUUAGUUCUGUUGAUACAGCUGUACCUCCUGAUGAAUUUCCAGAUCUUGUUCACCCU